UAGAAAAUUUGAAUCAUAAUUAUUAUUAAAUAUUUUAUAAUGUUCUCGCUAAAACUUGUCAAGUUUAGUUUUUUAUUAUUUUAUGUGAUUUUACAAACAAAAUCAGAUUCGCUAUUAAGAAAAAAAUUAAAUAAAAUAGAUAAGUUACUAACGUAUCCGGGAUGGAAAAAUUUGAACGAUGUUAACUCUAUUGAAUAUUCGAAUAGAAAAUAUUGUCUUAAAAGACUGAUUGAAACACCAACAUAUAAAUCUAAAUGCGAGCAAAAGGUACGAGGCUUGACUAUAUAUCUUGGAUGUACAUAUGCAAAAGUUAUGAAUAAUCUUUUUUCAAUUAUUAUCAACUGCUUACAAACUAGUAGAAAAAAAAGUAACCAAGAAAAUGGCAAAAUAAAAGGAUGCAUUUGUAUAGAAGAACUCAUAAACAUAGUAGCCACAUUAAUUAUUCCAAUAGCAACAUUGAUGAAAGGAGCCAUAGACGCUUUAGAUUUAUUACAUCGUUUACCAUGGGCUAAUUUUAAAAGAGCUUACCGACGUCCCUAUAUAUUGAGUCCUUUAUUAGAUAGAAUAGGAAAUAUUAUUGACCAAUUGAAUGAUCCAAUAGUACCAUGUGAUGAUAAAUCUAUAAAGUCUUCGUCAUUUGAUAUUGUAUAUUCAUUUUCUUAUUGUAUGAUAGGAAAUUUAAAAUAUGAAAUUAAUAGAUAUUGUGAUAUUAAACCUUAUGAUGAGGAUUAUUUAUGGAAUGAAUGGAUUCAAGAAUACAAAGCUCUUUUUCGCCAUGGCGUAAGAUUAGUAUUUUUUAAAUUUUUAACUAAAAAAAUUAAAGAUUAUAUCAAGACAGUAAUUAAAGAAAAGUAUUUUCAACUGGGUUUUAAAUUUAAUCCAAUCAUCGAAAAUACAUUUAUCCCAACACCAGAGGAGAUAAUUGAUUUAGAUUUAGAAUUUAACAACAGAUGAAGAAAUCCCAACGCCAACAGAAAUAGAAACUUAUUAAAUGUUAUAAUAUUAAUUGUUUUAUAAUUAAUUAUAAUUUACAAUAUUA